AUGAGUGGGAUCGAUGCUUUCUUCCAGGCUGUCAGCGGUUCCACUGUCACUGGCCUCAACACUGUUGAUCUCAAAGAGAUGAAGCUCUACCAGCAAAUUGCCGUCUGGUUUAUCCCCAUGCUUGGGAAUAUGUGCUUUGUCAAUGUUGUUGUGGUCUAUGUGCGGCUGUAUUGGUUUGAAAAGAAGUUCAAGGAUAUAGUUCGUUUCUCGAGGCUGCCCUCGUCUGAGCGCUCACGCGCCCAUUUGCUCUCCGUGGAAAGCUCCAAAGCCGUCAAAAGCGACGACACGACAACUUCGCACAAUAUCAGAGUCUUGCGCCCUGACCCGAUCGAUGAGGAUGUCAAUUGGAGUGCUCUACGUCAAAGGUCUGCUGCUGAGAGAACAAGCGCCUCCGUACCAGACCCCCCAGCCCCCGCCCUAGAGCAGACAACGUCAGUCGACAAUACGGCAGAGAGAGGUGCUCCUCAGCACAUCACAUUUUCUUCAGACACAUUCGAUAAGCCGAAUCGUGGAAAGGCACUUAGAAUUCCCGGCCCAAGGGAGUUUGAGAGAGGCCAACGGGUUCAAGAAGUGGAUGAGGAUGAGGAUGAAGCGGAUAUGUCGAAAAGUGUCGACGACGCAGGCGCUGCCGGCCCAUCCGAUACAUUCCGCAAACUUCCAACGAUGGAGAGCUUCCUCUCCCGCGCGGCAUCUAUUGAGCAUGCUGCAUCAUCCGCCUUCAUCAUUGGAGGCACGUCUAAAUCUCGGUCGCGAUCGAGAUCUAGAGGCGCCCUUAGCAGAACCUCUUCCAAAGCGACGAACGCACAACAACUACCUUAUCUCUCGUAUGCUCCAACGAUUGGAAGAAACUCCAAGUUUUUGGGAUUAACCGAAGAGCAAAAGGAGGAGCUUGGUGGCAUUGAAUAUCGAAGCUUAAGGCUACUCCUUAAGAUCGCCGGCGGCUACUAUGUGAUCUGGCACAUUAUUGGAGCCAUAGGCCUAGUUGCAUGGAUAUGGAACUCUCCACAAAAAUACCGAGAUUAUGUUCGUGGUGAUUGUGCAACCAAUCUCACUUGGUGGGGCUUCUAUUCGUCUAUGACAACGUUUAAUAAUCUUGGUUAUACUCUCACGCCAGAUUCUAUGGUCCGCUUUCGGGACUCAACUUUCCCAAUGCUGUGGAUGACGUUUCUAAUAUAUAUUGGAAACACUGCCUAUCCAUGCAUGCUGCGCCUAACUAUCUGGAUAGCUUUCAAGCUGGCCCCCGAAGGUUCCGCCAUUAAAGAACCGUUGAACUUUCUACUAGAUCACCCUAGACGGUGUUACACUAUGCUCUUCCCAAGCAAGGUAACUUGGGUUCUUUUUGCUAGUUUGGUGGUGAUAAAUGGCUUUGAUGUCAUCCUUUUUCUCAUCCUGGAUCUUAAUUAUCCCGAAGUGACGGCUAUCAGUUCUGGUUGGCAUCGGUUCUGCGCUGCACUGUUCCAGACUGCAUCUGCGCGUACCACUGGGACAUCCACCUUUGCUAUUUCAAAAAUCCAUCCUGCUGCUCAAUUUAGUUUGAUGGUGAUGAUGUAUAUUUCCGUAUUUCCAAUUGCUCUCAGUGUAAGAGGAACCAAUACAUACGAGGAAUCAUCCUUAGGCGUCUUUGAUGAGUCGGAAGAACUUCUAGAAGUCAAACGUACAUCGUAUCUUGGAGUUCACAUUAAAAUGCAGCUGGCCUUUGAUUUGUGGUAUGUUUUCUUGGGCGUAUUUGUGCUUGCUAUUACCGAAGGUAGUCGUAUUGCCGACCGCAGUGAUCCGGACUUCAACAUGUUUUCGGUCUUCUUUGAAGUCAUCUCCGCUUACGGUAAUGUUGGCCUCAGCAUCAGCCACCCGACCAUAAACACCGCAUUGACCGGUAAAUUCGGCAUCCUGGGCAAAUUAGUGAUUUGUGCUAUGAUGAUUCGAGGCAAACAUCGUGGUUUACCAUACGAAGUUGAUCGCGCCAUCAUUUUACCCGGCGAGAAACGUCUACGUGAAGAGGAUGCUAGGCUUGAGAUUGGCCACGGGCUUAGCCGGCGUCAUACUCAAUAA